GGCUGUGCACUACAAAUGGCCGCGCGCGGUGGCCGCCGGCCAGUCAGUGGCUUCGGAGCAGCGCGGCUGCGGGGUACGGCGGCCGGCAGGGGGCGGCAGCGGCCGUUGCUCAGGGUCCGGAGGCGGGGUCGCGGGCCUGGAGCACUGCGAGCCCAGCGGGCCACGACUGGUGCGGGCUGAGGCCAUGGGCGACCGCGGCGGCACGGGCAGCUCCCGGCGCCGGAGGACUGGGUCGCGGCCCUCUGGACAGGGCGGCGGCGGGCCCGUGGGGGCGGAAGAGGAGGUGCGGGACGGGGCCACAGGCCCCGACGUGGGCGCGGGGGGCGAUGCGCCGGCCCCGGCCACCUCCCCCGACAAGGACGGAGACGCUAACGUGGGUAGCGGCCACUGGGAGCUGAGGUGCCAUCGCCUGCAGGAUUCUUUGUUCAGCUCUGACAGUGGCUUCAGCAACUACAGAGGCAUCCUGAAUUGGUGUGUGGUAAUGCUGAUCCUGAGCAAUGCACGGUUAUUUUUGGAGAACCUCAUCAAGUACGGCAUCUUGGUGGACCCUAUCCAGGUGGUGUCUCUGUUCCUGAAGGACCCCUACAGCUGGCCUGCCCCAUGCCUGGUUAUUGUGGCCAACAUCUUUGCUGUGGCUGCAUUCCAGGUUGAGAAGCGCCUGGCAGUGGGCACCCUGACGGAACAGGCAGGGUUGCUGCUGCAUGUGGUCAAUCUGGCCACCAUCCUUUGCUUCCCAGCAGCAGUGGCCUUACUGGUUGAGUCCAUCACUCCAGUGGGUUCCGUGCUGGCUCUAGCAGCAUAUACCAUCCUCUUCCUCAAACUCUUCUCCUACCGGGACGUCAACCUGUGGUGCCGCCAGCGCAGAGCCAGGGCCAAGGCUGUCUGUGCAGGGAAGAAGGCCAGUGGGGCCACUGCCCAGCGUAUGGUGAGCUACCCGGACAACCUGACUUAUCGUGAUCUCUACUAUUUUAUUUUUGCUCCUACUCUGUGUUAUGAACUCAACUUUCCCCGCUCUCCCCGAAUUCGAAAACGCUUUCUGCUGCGGCGGCUCCUUGAGAUGCUGUUCUUCACCCAGCUCCAGGUGGGGCUGAUCCAGCAGUGGAUGGUCCCCACCAUCCAGAACUCCAUGAAGCCCUUCAAGGAUAUGGACUACUCCCGCAUCAUUGAGCGCCUCCUGAAGCUGGCGGUCCCCAAUCACCUCAUCUGGCUCAUCUUCUUCUACUGGCUCUUCCACUCCUGCCUGAAUGCUGUGGCGGAACUCAUGCAGUUUGGAGACCGGGAGUUCUACCGGGACUGGUGGAACUCUGAGUCCGUCACCUACUUUUGGCAGAACUGGAACAUCCCCGUGCACAAGUGGUGCAGCAGGCACUUCUACAAGCCCAUGCUCCGCCGGGGCAGCAGCAGGUGGGUGGCCAGGACAGGGGUGUUCCUGGCCUCAGCCUUCUUCCAUGAGUACCUCGUGAGCAUCCCACUGCGAAUGUUCCGCCUCUGGGCAUUCACGGCCAUGAUGGCUCAGAUCCCACUGGCCUGGAUUGUGGGCCGCUUUUUCCAAGGCAACUAUGGAAACGCAGCUGUGUGGCUGACACUCAUCAUUGGGCAGCCAGUGGCAGUGCUCAUGUACGUCCACGACUACUACGUGCUCAACUGUGAGGCUUCCGCAACGGGGGCCUGAGUUGCCCAUAGCCAGGAGAGCCAGCCCUCCCUGCCCAGGCCUGGAGGGAACCUGGCUGCUGAGCCUUCCUCCUGCCCCAGGAGGCCUCUCUGCCCCUAUGGGGCUCCCUCCUGCUCCCCUUAGGGAUGGAGACAGUGGAAUCUAGCCCAGCUGGCAGGGGCCAGUGCCUUCCUGUGGGAGUCUGUGCUCACUUGUGGAAGAGGGUGCCAAUAAAAUGCUGCCCAGAGUGACCUCCCUCAGCCUUCUGGGGGCUGGUGGGAGGGAUGGCUCAGUGCCAGUACUGUGGGGGCAGCUAUUCCAGAGGUUUGAGGCCCUUCUGGUCCUCAGGUGACUGGCCAAAGCUUUGGAGCUCUUAUAUGCGUGGGGGUAUUUGGGUCCUGAUGUCUGCACCCCCACUAUAGCUGGCAGUCACCUUGUAUGCCUACAACCUCCUGGGGUGUGGGCAAGGCCACUCAGCUACAGCAGGGUAGGACACAGGCAGUCACCCACAGUUUCAGCUCAAGGCAAUGGGGGUCAGGGUCAGCUGAGCAGUUCUGCUUAGGUAAAUGGGGCCGAGGUCCCACUGCCUAUUUUAGCCCUACCCAACUGAUGCCAUGUGGGGCCAAGACUCGGGUGUUCUGUGGACCCCAGUGGACAACUUUGCUUGGCUAAUCUGGGUCUAUCACGCUUACCAGAAGUUCCUGGGAAUGGGGCUUAGUGUGGGGCAGGUCAGAGACCAGGGAGUAAAUGGUCCCCAAGGCCUUUCUGACUUGGGUCUGGUGAGUUCUGGGCAGGACCCAUGUCUGCAAUCUUGUCACAGUCUUCAGCAGGAACUUGAGUUAACAUACCCAGAAGUGGGGCUUUCCCUGCCCCUAAGCAUGGACUGUCUGGGCCUAGGGCACCCUUUCACCUGGCACAGAGACCCAGAUGAAGACUGGAGACCUGAGUACCCCAUCUUCCCAUCUCCCCAGAUGGGACAGCUCAGCAAGGAGGGCUCUAGGGUGCACUGCAGAAGGGCUUGGCCUGUCUGCCCCCUGCCCUCAUAACCCACUUCUUAGCGCUCUGGGCAGCAAGAGCUGGUCUUGUGAUCCUCAGAGGGACACUUUGUCUCCAGACCCUGCCACAUGGCCAAGUUGUGCAGAGGCCACUUUACUGGCCUGUCUCAUCAUAGGAGGGAGGUCUAGUGCUGGCUAAAAACACAGCCCUCAGGCCUUCAAGCCAUGGCCCAACAAGGUGGGUGCCUGAGGGGUACCUGGGUGCUGAGAAGGGCAGGGGGUGGUCUCAGGCUUGCUGUCCCUGCCCCAUUAGCAAACUGCUAGACUCAGUCCUCACCUCUCUGGCCAUGGCAGUGUUGAAAGGGUAGCUUAACUGGGGGCUGCUCUGUUCUGGCUGGUUCCCUUCCCAGCAGAGGCCUGUCCAGGACAGUGCAUAGUGGGUGAUACCUGGAGGGAGAAGGCUUUGGAGCUCACUGGCCUGAGCCUGAGGGCUCCUAUGCAUCCCCCAACCCCUCAGCCAGGAGAUCCUGACCCAGGAGAUAGGGCAUGCUCCACAGUCACCUGUGAGCUUGCCUUCCCCCUCUUCUGCCCAGACCCCAUGAAAACUACUGAAACAGAAGCAUGCCACCCCUGCUUCCAAAAAAGUCCAAUACCCUGUGGAUAGAGGGGGUCAGUGUGACCCUGCCAGGAGAUACAUGGAGCAUGCUCACCUGUGCCCCCUAUUCCUGAAUGGAUAUCUUGGGAAGGGGUGUCUUGCUGACAAUCAGGGCCAGACAGGCCCAGGGCGCUGCCAGCAUCUGCCCUGCAAGGCUAUCACUGCUCAGAACUGCAGUGACCUCUGGGGUCUUCCCCUGCAUCCCCACCUCCCUAAGUAGCCCUCAGGGCAGGAGGAAUCACAUAGGAAGCCACAGCAUAGAGCUUGUCAGUUUAUAGAUCUCUGCUCGUCUUGUCUGUCCGUCUGUCUGUCCAUCUGUGUGUAUAUAUUUCUCUGUGAAGGGGAGAGGGGAACCCUCUUGUAAAAAUCCAAAAUACAAUUCUAUGAACCUGCAGAAUCAGUCCAAG